UACUCCAUUCCCUUCAAAUACCCACCACGCUUCUUUUGUUGUUCUUGCGCUCUUUCUUAUUUCCUAUGUUCAGAAUUUUUAGAAUUGUUUCCUUUACUUGUUACUUUCCGAUCAUGCAAUGCUGUGAUCUACUGUAACAUAUAUCUACUUUCCUCCUUUUUAUUAAUCACUGUUCCGCACUCUUUAAAACCCUAAAAGCAAAGGUGAAGUCCCAAUUUAUCUUUCUAAAAUUGUUUCAGAAACCCUGCAGAUUUUACCCUAGUCGCUGGAAGUUUUCCUAAUCCCAGGUAUCCCCUGGAAUCAGUGGAGCUGGCGCACACACCACGAUUAUCAAAAGAAAAGAAAGUGUUUUCUCUUUCCUUAAGGUCAUUCAAAAUGUAUUUGAAAUCUCAGUUGUCAUGGAAUGUGAUAAUCCCUGCUGAGAACCUUGAUGUUGAAGGUUUAAUGCUUCAGAAGGCAAUUGUUAUUCGCCUCUUGGAAGACUUUGCUUCCAAGAAGGCCUCAAAAAAUCUUGGUUACUUUAUGGCUGUCACUACAUUGGAGAGGAUUGGGGAAGGGAAAGUUCGAGAACACACUGGUGAUGUGCUUUUCCCUGUGGAAUUCAGCUGCGUUACCUUCAAGAUAUUCCGUGGAGAGAUCUUAGAAGGGUUUGUUGACAAGAUCUUGAAGCAUGGUGUCUUUUUGAGAUGUGGCCCCACCAACAAGGUAUACCUCUCUCAUCUCAAGAUGUCGGAUUAUAAGUAUGUGCCUGGAGAAAAUCCUAUCUUUAUGAAUGAUAAGAUGUCAAGAAUUGAGAAAGACACUGUGGUGCGUUUCAUCGUGGUUGGAGCAAGGUAUGUGGAGGCGGAGAAGGAAUUCCAAGCACUUGUGAGCUUGGAGGGUGAUUACCUCGGACCCAUCUCACAAAGUUCUGUUUAGAUCUCGCCAUGAUUGGCUCAUUUUGGACAUAGACCAAUGACAUGUAAAGCUAACUUAUGUUGUUACAUCUGUGUUUAGUACUGUUUUGAAUUGAAUGUUACUUUUCUGUAGA